UCCAACGCCGACGCAGGUCCCGGGUGAGCCAAAGGAGAACAAAACAGAAGCGAAAGGAACAGAGAGAGCGCGAUAGAUAAAAGAAAGGAACUGCAAGACACGCUCGCGCCCUACAUGUUGGUGUGUGUAUCCCCAGCGCAUCAUUGAUCGAAGCCGUGACGUUGUCGAGCCCCUCCCCCGCGUCCUCGUCGGCGGGCGCAUGCGCGGUCCCGGCCUCCGGAAGAGGACCGUGGCGGAUCUCAGGUUCUCCGUUUGUUGUGGCCCGCCGUAGCCGCUGCGCUCCGCGUGACGACGUCGCCUGCCUCCACACAAACUGCUGGCCCGCACGGGACGCCCUCCGGCAUCGAAAGUUCAUGUGGUGCGCGGUGUGGGGACGACGCGGAGCUUUCCUGGAAGACGGUGCAACGGGUGCAGAAGAGGCGACGAAAGGAAAGCGAAGGACAAGGAUCAUUGUCUCAUUCCGGCGCUAAUGAUCGCGCGUGAAGCGGCGGCAGCGUCCCCACUACCGCCAACAGCAGCAGCAGCAGAAGCACGGUCCCCGCACGCGGAGCGCACUGCACUACGCGGUCGGCCGAAGCGACACGCGAGCGAGGAUUUUCGCCGCCGCGGAGGCGAUGCUCGGCUUCGCCGUCCUAGAGCCCACUAAGCCUAGGAGUCGCGGUGGAAACUUCGCUGCAGCGGGGUACGUGUGCGCGCUGUCGUCGCCGUUAAGCCUAAUGUGAGUUCGAGUUUAAGGCGCACGCUUGUUUAUUAUCUGCUCUUCGCUUUGUUGCUUGCGCCACUACGCUUGCGUCAAGAGCUGGGCCUGUCCCGUCUGGGGAAGAGGCAAGAAAGUAAAGGAAAGAGCCCACGAUGGACAACCCGAACGCAAACUUCGACGAUGAUAGCCUGUCUGAGGAAGAGGCUGGCGAGACGAUCAGGCUGCGACCCUUUCUCGACUGGAGGAAUGACAUGGAGCAGGAGUUUCCACGGGUCAGCUCCCAGGUGCCCUUGUCCCCGCGGGGAGGCGAGGACGAGGAGCGGGGCUCGGACGGCGAGUACGUCGAGCGCGGCACUUGGACCGGCCGCUUCGACUUCAUACUCUCCCUGCUGGGCUACUCGGUCGGCCUCGGAAACGUCUGGAGGUUUCCAUACCUCGUCUACAGCAACGGAGGCGGGGCCUUCCUGAUCCCGUUCUUUGUGAUGAUGAUCCUUGCGGGACUUCCGCUCAUGUUCAUGGAGCUGUCCUUCGGGCAGUACUCUAGUCUGGGGCCCAUCGCCAUCUUUGAACGCUUCUGCCCUCUCUUCCAUGGUCUAGGCUACGGUAUGGUGAUUGUGUCCGGCAUCGUUAUGCUCUACUACAACCUGAUCAUCGCCUGGACGCUGUUCUAUAUGUUCGCAUCCUGGUCCAAAACGCUGCCUUGGGAGAAAUGCGACCCGGAGUGGUGCACUCCAGCCUGCUAUCAGUACGAAGACGCCGACGCGUGCUUUAGGACCAACGGAUCCUAUUACAACCAGACCUGCUUCAACCAAAGUAUGGCCCAAGAACUGAAUAUAUCAGCCCUUGUAAAGAACAUGGCAAAGCGAACGCCAUCGGCUGAAUACUUCAGGUUCUUCGUGCUCGGCGAAUCUCCCAGUAUACGAGAAACGGGCGAGAUACGGUGGCCUUUGGCCUUGUGCUUGCUACUUGCCUGGAUCAUUGUCUUCCUAUGCCUCUGCAAAGGCGUCCAGUCCUCGGGAAAAGUGGUGUACUUUACUGCCCUUUUUCCCUACGUGGUGCUGGUGAUAUUGUUUUUCCGCGGUGUUACCUUGCCUGGUGCCUAUGAGGGAAUCAUGUUCUACGUCACGCCCAACUGGAGGCUACUACUUACCCCGCAGGUCUGGGGAGAUGCGGCGGUGCAGAUAUUUUUCGCUCUCAGUCCUGCUUGGGGAGGACUCAUCACACUGUCGUCUUACAACAAGUUUCAUAAUGACUGCUACAAGGACUCCCUGAUUGUGUCCGUGAGCAACGUGCUCACGAGCAUCUUUGCCGGCUUCGUGAUCUUCUCGGUGAUCGGGUACCUGGCGCACGAGCUGAACGUCGAAGUGGAGCACGUCGUGGACCAGGGCGCCGGCCUCGCCUUCAUCGUCUACCCUGAAGUGGUGGCCCGAUUGCCGGUGGCGCCCCUCUGGGCUUUCCUCUUCUUCUUCAUGCUGCUCACACUCGGCCUCGACAGCCAGUUUGCCCUUCUAGAGACCGUGUCAACAGCAAUCUUUGACCGAUUUCCAAGCCUUCGAGAAAAGAAAACAUUCGUGGUUCUCGCAAUAUCAGUCUUUGGCUACUUCGGUGGUCUAAUAUUCACGACACGGGCUGGAGUCCACUGGCUGGAGCUAUUCGACAAGUACGCCGCAAGUCUGUCCGUGCUAGUCAUUGCCAUUGGGGAGUGCACAAUUAUCGCCUGGUACUACGGCGCGGAGAAAUUCCUCUGCGACAUCGAGAAAAUGAUCGGAUCUCGCUCCUAUGCGUGGACAAGGUUCUGGACCAUCAUGUGGAAAUACUUCACACCAGCCACGUUAGUGUUCAUCCUGAUCUUCAACAUCGUGGAGCACUCUCAAGCGAAAGGCAAGGACUACCCGCCCUGGGCCAUCGGCGUCGGCUGGACCAUCGUGUUCAUACCGCUCGCCACCAUUGUCGUGCUCAUGGUCAUCAAGCUUUGCUCAGUGCCUAAGGGCAGCCUGGCACACCGUGUGGCCGUCACCAUGAGGCCCACCGAGGGCUGGGGCCCGGCGCAGACGCAGCAGUCGCUGAGGCCCGACGUCACGGACGAGAAUGGUAGCAUGAACGGCGGUAUCGGGCGCGAGAACUCCUUCGACAACCCCUCCUUCAACGUGACUUACACGUUCGAGACGACCAUCUGAUGACUGCAGGACCUCUGCACCUCCCUGCGAAGCAAGAACAGGGCCAACGACUGAAUCCGAGCCGCCUCGAGGGCGGCUAACCGGACUCAGCGGACGAGGUGCAGACGGGCGCAGCCGCACUUUAAUCAAAGCUGACGACUAAGGAGCAUCGAGUUGAACGCGGUCCUCCCCAACUCUCCGCUCUGGUUCUACCUGAGAACGCAUGCGGACACUCGGUGCCUGGUGACGCGCGUGCGACACCAGGGUUUGUCGUUUACGAGAACGCCGCUUAUGGUUCAAGAUGUGAUGAGGCAGCAUGUUUCUUCGGAAACGCUUUUUUUUUUUGUUAGUGACGGACGUGGGCCGCACGCAGGAAAAGGCGCGUCAGAUUGCGCUCCUUUUUCAUUUUAGGUUUUCCAGCCCACGCGCGCGUCCAGCCGUGAGAAGUUGAUUGGUGACUCCGCGGAGUUCGCCUUUUUGAGCUGUUCCGUGAAGGAGUCGGGAAGCCGAAGAGCACUCAGUAGGACGGUUGAGCCAAAGCCACAACGUUAUAUUUCCAUGCAGACUCAACACAGGAAGAAUGUUGUUCCCUUACUCAACGCGUGUCAGCAUGUUAGUGAGAAAAACAGUGUGUGCUUGAAAAUUCUGUUUAGCAAAAACUUCCUCGAACGAGGCGAGCGUAGAAAAGGUUAUGACUAGCUGAUCACGUGUGUAAUUUUCAUUUUUUUUAGAUACUGACGUCACACUCUGUUCGCUCAUUGUGGCAUUGUUUUAUGUUUUUGAACUGUACUGUAACGUGUAAAUAUCUGCAUUUCUCGUUUUAUUUCUCACUGUGCGUGAACGUGUGGCUCUGUUUCCCGGUGAAGCAACCAUCACGCCGCAUAUGUGUUCUUGCUGACCUCAACUUGUCUCUGAUCUCGUCACUGUACUUUCAAGCUGUGAGAAUGCCUCUAAGCCCUCCCGUCUUAAUGGCUUUUCACUUAUAGGCAACUCCUCUCAGUUGGAACCAGCCAAAAAGCAGCGUUUCAUGCGCAUUUGUAGAGAGACAUUACGUACAGUACAUGCCAGCUGAGAAGCCUCACAUUCUCAUGGUUUCUCGACAGCCGCAUCAUGUUGGGCACAUUCCAGAGAAAAUGACGUCAGCAAGCAUUUCGAUCGCCCGUCGCUGCUAGCGGCGUCUGCUUGUGAUCCUGAUGUUCACACGAGAUCUCUGUAACAUAUAGCAUCGUCAAGAUUGACAUGAAGUUUAUUUCUCCCAACACAGCACUGCUUGUACAAAACGGUAUAUUGUUGAUAGCCUGCUUAUUUAUUCGUUCGCCGUCGCUCUUGUUGGAUGAUUAACGGUUGAGUUUGAAGAAAUCUAUGUGACGCCCCUUCAAUGAAGGCUCCGUGUCGUUGUCGUGUAUGCAUGUGAUUUUCGUUUCUUUUUCGCCCGAGACAAUGUUUGCUGGUGUGAACAAAUGAUCCUGUGCUUAUAUAUCGCACUUAAUUUUCUUCAGUUUGCUAAGAGAGGGCGAAUACUCACUGACAUACUGCUAGACUUAGAGAAAUCGUACGCUGAACCGCUUAGUUGGUGUUACAUUAGUCGUGUAUUGUGUAGUCUAUGAUGAUGAUGUUGUGGCCGGUCCGGGUAACUGGUGGUUAGAAUGUGAUCGCAGAAUCCUUGUGACGAGUUUUUGUCAUGAAGUGUGAUUCCUCGAGUUGUUGACGCUUAGCGUAGUAUAUCGAGUUAUAGCCUUGUAAGAAAAAAAAAGUGACACUUGCAAAACUGAUGAAGUGCUUGACAUUGUACAUUCAGAGGUUAUUUUACAUAGUUAACAUUUUUGUAGAGCAUAGCACGUAAUUUCUGGAGCGGGGUGCACCGCCGCAAGCGGCCUCCGUGGAUGAACACACACGAUCGCUGCCAUCUGAUAAUGCGCGUGGCCGCGCAUCGCAUGAAAAUUUGUGUACGGGUUUUUGUUGCGCAGCAUGCAUUCUGAUAGCAGUGGGAAAUACUUGCGUUAGUCAUUCCAACUAAGUGUUCAAUGUUCCAUUGCUCGUCACACGUAGACUCUGAGAGUCGUAGUUCAUGCUUACUUUGUCCACUCGGUUAAAGAUUUUGUUCCCG